CGGGAGAAGGAGAGACGGCUGGCCACCAUGCACGGCUCCUGCAGUUUCCUGAUGCUUCUGCUGCCGCUGCUGCUAGUGCUGGUGGCCACCACAGGCCCCGCUGGAGCCCUCACAGAUGAGGAGAAACGUCUGAUGCUGGAGCUGCACAACCUCUACCGGGCCCAGGUAUCCCCACCAGCCUCAGACAUGCUGCACAUGAGAUGGGACGAGGAGCUGGCCGCCUUCGCCAAGGCCUACGCACGGCAGUGCGUGUGGGGCCACAACAAGGACCGCGGGCGGCGCGGCGAGAAUCUGUUCGCCAUCACCGACGAGGGCCUGGACGUGCCGCUGGCCAUGGAGGAGUGGCACCACGAGCGCGAGCACUACAACCUCAGCGCCGCCACCUGCAGCCCGGGCCAGAUGUGCGGCCACUACACGCAGGUGGUUUGGGCCAAGACAGAGAGGAUUGGCUGCGGUUCCCACUUCUGUGAGAAGCUCCAGGGUGUUGAGGAAACCAACAUCGAAUUACUGGUGUGCAACUAUGAGCCCCCGGGGAACGUGAAGGGGAAACGGCCCUACCAGGAGGGGACUCCGUGCUCCCAAUGUCCCUCUGGCUAUCGCUGCAAGAACUCCCUCUGUGAACCCAUCGGAAGCCCGGAAGACGCCCAGGAUUUGCCUUACGUGGUAACUGAGGCCCCAUCCUUCCUGGCAACUGAAGCCUCAGACUCUAGGAAAAUGGGUACUCCUUCCCUAGCAACGGGGAUUCCGGCUUUCUUGGUAACAGAGGUCUCAGGUUCCCUGGCAACCAAGGCUCUGCCUGCUGUGGAAACCCAGGCCCCAACUUCCUUAGCAACAAAAGACCCGCCCUCCAUGGCAACAGAGGCUCCACCUUCUGUAACAACUGAGGUGCCUUCCAUUUUGGCAUCCCACAGCCUGCCCUCCUUGGAUGAGGAGCCAGUUACCUUCCCGGAAUCGAUCCAUGUUCCUAUCCCAAAAUCAGCAGACAAAGUGACAGACAAAACAAAAGUGCCCUUCAGGAGCCCAGAGAACUCUCUGGACCCCAAGAUGUCCCUGACAGGGGCAAGGGAGCUCCUACCCCAUGCCCAGGAGGAGGCUGAGGCUGAGGCUGAGGGAGAGGCUGAGGCUGAGUUGCCUCCUUCCAGUGAGGUCUUGGCCUCAGUUUUUCCAGCCCAGGACAAGCCAGGUGAGCUGCAGGCCACACUGGACCACACGGGGCACACCUCCUCCAAGUCCCUGCCCAAUUUCCCCAAUACCUCUGCCACCGCUAAUGCCAUGGGUGGGCGUGCCCUGGCUCUGCAGUCGUCCUUGCCAGGUGCAGAGGGCCCUGACAAGCCUAGCGUUGUGUCAGGGCUGAACCCAGGCCCUGGUCAUGUGUGGGGCCCUCUCCUGGGACUACUGCUCCUGCUUCCCCUGAUGUUGGCUGGAAUCUUCUGAAGGGGAUACCACUCAAAGGGUGAAGAGGUCAGCUGUCCUCCUGUCAUCUUCCCCACCCUGUCCCCAGCCCCUAAACAAGAUGCUUCUUGGUUAAGGCCCUCUGGAAGGGAAAGGCUACGGGGCAUGUGCCUCAUCACACCAUCCUGGAGGCACAAGGCCUGGCUGACUGCGAGCGCACGGGGCCGCCUGAGGACUGCACACCGGGCCCACACCUCUCCUGCCCCUCCCUCCUGAGUCCUGGGGGUGGGAGGAUUUGAGGGAGCUCACUGCCUACCUGGCCUGGGGCUGUCUUGCCCACACGGUAUGAGUGCUCUCCCUGAGUGCCUGUGUAGCUGGGGACGGGGAUUGCAAGGGGCAGAUGAAGGACAAGCCCCACUGGAGUGGGGUUCUGUGGGUGGGGAGGCAGGGACAAGGGAAGGAAAGCAACUCCUGACUCUCCAAUAAAAACCAGUCCA